AUGCCCACCGUCCACCUUCUUGACUACGUCGCGGGGAAUAUUCGGAGUCUUGUCAAUGCUAUUGAGGUGCUUGGCUACACCGUAGAAUGGAUCAAGUCCCCCGAAGAUGUCGUUAAUGCCGAGAAACUCAUCCUUCCCGGUGUCGGCCACUUUGGCCACUGCCUCACCCAGCUCAGCAGCGCCGGCUAUCUCGAGCCCGUGAGGAAACACAUCGACGCCGGCAAGCCCUUCAUGGGCAUCUGCGUUGGUCUCCAGGCCCUCUUCGAGGGAUCCGCCGAGAACCCCGCCGUGUCCGGUCUCGGCGUCAUCAAGUCGCAGCUCAGCCGCUUUGACGACUCGGCCAAGGCCCUUGAGGCGCAAGGCUGGACCGUGGCUUUGGGAACCUACGGCACCGAAGCCUUCGUGGGUGCCGUGGCCAAGGGAAAUGUCUUUGCCACGCAAUUCCACCCCGAAAAGAGCGGCGUGGCCGGCCUCCGAACCAUCAAAGCCUUCCUCACCGGCGAGGGCCCUCAGAACCUCACCUUGGACAAGGCGGGCCUCGACCCCGAGUUCCAGGAUGGCCUGACGCGCCGCAUCAUCGCGUGUCUCGACGUGCGCACCAACGACAAGGGUGACCUCGUCGUGACCAAGGGCGACCAGUACGACCCGGUCGAGAUGGCCAAGAAGUACUACGAGCAGGGCGCCGACGAAGUCACCUUCCUCAACAUCACCAGCUUCCGAGACAUCCCCCUCGCCGACCUGCCCAUGCUCGAGAUCCUCCGCCGCACCUCCGAGACCGUGUUCGUACCCCUCACCAUCGGAGGCGGCAUCCGCGACGCCGUCGACACCGACGGCACCAAGGUCUCCGCCCUCGAAAUCGCCACCAUGUACUUCAAGAGCGGCGCCGACAAGGUGUCCAUCGGCUCCGACGCCGUCCUCGCCGCCGAGGAGUACUACGCCGUGGGCAAGAAGCUCUUUGGAAACACGGCCAUUGAACAAAUCUCCCGCGCCUACGGCAACCAGGCCAUCGUCGUCAGCGUCGACCCCAAGCGAGUCUACGUUCCCAAGCGGGACGCGACCCGUCACAGCCUCGUUGAGACGGCCCACCCGGGUCCCAACGGCGACCGCUACUGCUGGUACGCCUGCACGAUCAAGGGCGGCCGCGAGACGCGCGACGUCGACGUCGUCGAGCUCGUCCAGGCCGUCGAAGCCAUGGGCGCCGGCGAGAUCCUCCUCAAUUGCAUCGACAAGGACGGCUCCAACUCGGGCUACGACCUCGAACUCAUCAGCCAGGUCAAGGCCGCCAUCAAGAUCCCCGUCAUCGCCUCCAGCGGUGCUGGAAAUCCCGGCCACUUCCACGAGGUGUUUGAGAAGACUACCACGGAUGCGGCUCUCGGUGCCGGCAUGUUCCACAGGGGAGAGUAUACCGUCAAGCAGGUCAAGGACUUCCUCGCCGAGAAGGGCCUUGUCGUGAGGAAAUUCGAGGAUAAGCUAUGA